AUGCUUGAUCUUUCCAUCCUUCUGCCUAACAGGUCCCAAUGCGGAUAUCUUGAAAAGGGGUGGGAAGAACAUCACCGCUGCCAUCUCUCUCUCUCCGUCCGGCGCUGCCAAGGGGUGCGAAAUCCAGAACAUCGGGGCCGGAUAUAUCAGGCAUGUGUCGGCCGAGACCACUUUUGCGGAUGGCUGCCGAACUAUGAGCUCCUUGAGGCCGACUAUGGAGCAACUCUAGAGCCCACGUUCACCAGUCUCUUGAAUAACCCUCUGACUCCCAAUAUCCCUCGCACCGGUACUUUGUCUACCCCUCAGUCAACACCUUCAGCAUCAGGGACCAUCACUUCCAACUUGGGCGUUAAUCUUGAGGUUGAUCUAGGUGAUCUUGAUCUGGCGCUUAACCGACACUCUUCUCCGGCUCCCACAGCUCUCACGGACCUGUCCCCACGCCCAAAUGUGCCACGAUGGAUGCCCAAUGGCAAAGGCGGCCUUAAGGAAUCGUGCAAUGGCCCCCGCUGUCAAAAGUUAGGCAAGGCUGUUCGAUUCUGUAGCUCAUGCAUCAAUAAAUACUGCCAGAAAUGCUGCCACCUACACCAACAACAAAGUAGCAAGAUAUGUCCAGUUCACAAAAUCCCCAUUGCAUCACCACCCAAGCCGCCAAGUGCUGCCGCCGAGCCUCCCACUACGAUCACUCCGGUGAAACUCUCUGUCAUGCGCGAGCCGCACUAUCAAGCUCUGUCACACGCCCAGGCUCAGCAAAAGCAAGAUACCUCACGCUUGAUGGAUCAGAAGCGAGCCGAGCAGGCUAUGGCCCGCACCAUCACUGUUUAUAUAUGGAAGGAUCCGGCGAAGCCUCUCGUUGUCAAGACAGAGGCAUACAAUUAUCCAACAUUUGCACUUGAUGAUUGCAGCUCAACUGUCAAGCGACUCCUUGCGCUUGAUCAGCAGGUAUAUGAGUUGUUCGUUCCCAAGGAUAGCAAUUGGGUAAUUAUUGAUUCGGCCUCUGUUCGAUGUGACAUCCGCGAUCGCGACAAGAUCCUGUAUAGGGUCUUUGGGGUUGAAACAGGUGAUAGUAUGGCCGAACAGGUCAACGAUCUUUCCGCCGCCAAGCCAUUUAGAGGUUUGGCCACUCCAAUGUGCACACCAUCCCGCAAACAUGCCGCAGAGUCUACUCCGGAACCGGGACGUCGCGUGAAACCAAGACUUGACGAGCGGUCACACUUUAGGGCACCUGCGACACCGACACAGAAACCUUCCACAAAUUCGGAGACAUCUUUAUUUUCUUUCGGUGCUACUGACAACGAUGAUGACGAUGUUUUCGCAAUACGGCCCCCAGCUGCGGUAUUGUUUACCCCCAAAACACUACCCAACCCUGUCUCUGAAGCCCGGAAACCUACGCCGACCAACUCGACCAACACCGCCAAUCUCACCCUGGCCCCAAGUUCUGGCCAUUCAAACUGGCCGUUGAAAGACUUCAAGAUCAUGGCCCAUGGCUUCACCCAAUACGAAUCCAUCGCUAAUUUAACUCACGAUGAGAAGUUUCCAAAGGUCUGGCCUCACAUCACAAAGAAACCCGCUACCGGUACUUGGAACACAAACUACGCUGCUUGGGUCCACUCCUCGGAUAUUCUGAGGUCAAAAUACUUAGCACAAGAGGAUAGUUUGUGGAAAACCUUUCGUCACGAUGUGAAAGAGGCUUUUAGUGGCACUAUUCCUGGUCUGAGAGUUCCACGGCAAGUGAUUAUAGUAGAAUAG